AAAAGGUGCUCUUUUACCCAUCACUGCACAGUCCGUGGGCCGGACUCGUAAUUUUACCAGCCCCAGCAAAGGAAAAAAAAAAAAAAGAUCUCAUCCCAGGCUCAUAUAAUAGCUGUUGAGUAUGUAAUCCACAGACCCUAAGCUAUAGCACAUUCCGUGAUCUUGACAGGAAGGUGUAGUGUCACCGUUUAAUUUUCCAAUGUGCCUUGUUCUCAUUUAAAUGCACUGCAAAAGUAAAACAAAGUAAUACAUGACUAUAUGGGAUUUGUUUUUUUCUUCACAUCAGAAGCUCUCUGUACCGUAAAUAUUUCAAGGAUUGUGCAUUAUCACUUUUUAAGUCCCGAGGCUUUUCCCCCACUUUUGCUUGGUCACUGUUUUACCUGAAUGAGAUUUUGUUGAUUAUACGUAUCUACACAAGAGGACUGUCCCUUUCCCGUUGUUUUUGAUCACCAGGACGUCCGGCACGCGGUGCGAGUGCAGAACCGCGUUUCUUAAGGUCGAGGGGCCGAAGAUCGCGAUUUUUUUCCAGCCAAGUCAGGAUGAGCACACGGGGCGACACGAGUGGCCAGUCUACCGCUUCUCAACCGGAUCAACCUGCAACGACGCAGCCUCAGAAGAGAGGUCGGGGCAGACCGCGGAAACAACAACAAGAAAUCAGUGGAGAGCCAGCCCCUAAAAGACCAAGAGGAAGACCUAAAGGGAGUAAAAACAAAGGACCCUCCAAGGCAGCUCAAAAGAAAGUGGAGCCCACUGGAGAAAAGAGACCGAGAGGAAGGCCCCGGAAAUGGCCACAGCAAGUGGUCCAGAAGAAGCCUGCUAAGGGAGGACCUGAAAAGACAUCAUCACAGGAAUCUGUGGAGGAAGAUUAAGCAACCACAAUAUUUCACUUCUACCUCAUUCAGCAGUUGGAUUUUUUGAAGGGAGAAGACAUGGCCUUGACCACUUUUUUUUCUCUCAUGGUCUUUUUGCCUUAGGAAUCACACACACAGAGCAAAUGGACAUUUUGUUUUAUUUGUCUUUUCUUGUCCUUUAUGGUCCCAGAUAUUAGGGAAACACUGCUGUAAAAUGGAACACAGUUUGGAACGUAUGCCUAAACCAAGAGCAACUAUUUGUAACAUAUUGAUAAAGUUUGAUGGGGCUACAAGGCCAGCAUAAAUGGGUCAUUUCAGCUUUGAGUUGAAUUCAGUCAUUCACUGCACUGCAUUAACAUAAGGAGACUUGAAACAUAUGUGGUUAAUUUCAAGGCCAUUCGUAGAAAAGCAUAUUUUGUAUUGUAUAUCACUGACAGGCCUUAAAUAACAAAUACUCACACCUUUACUUAGUAAACCCCUUUAAUAGCACACCAAAGAUGUUAGAUAAAUGGUUCCUUUUUAAUAGAAUCUAUUUUUUACUUGAUAUAUUUUUCAUUUGCUGUAAUUUUCAAAUCAGCAUGUAUUACGUAAUGAGUUAACCACAGUAUCGUGUAAAUAGAUUUUGUAAAGUCCCUUGAAGGAAGAGGAAAAAUAAAUACACCACUGCAGAAAUCAUGUUCUCCACAUUUGCACACACAUUUAAAUACCAGCGUUUAUUCGAAUGGUCUGCUUCACACAGAAACAAAACUUUGCUCAGGUGAAUAUAGAAUGACUUAAAAAUAGAUUAUAUCACAAAUGAUCAUUUUACAAUAUUUUUAGAAACAAUGGAAAUCAACAUAAAGGUACUAAUAACACUCCUGCCUCACGGCUCCAGAGUUUUGGACACAAAACCCUGUCUGGACCCUUUCUGUAUGAUGUUUGUACAUUAUUCCUAAAUUUGAGUUUUUUUUGUUUUUGGGAGGUAGGGUACUUCAAUCGGUCAAAUCCCAAAGAUGUUUAAGUUAGGUUGAUUGGCGACCCCAAAUUAGCUUGGAGUGAGUGAGUGAGUUUGGGUCUAUGCGUGACCGUCCCCUGUAGUGGACUUGUCCAGAAGUGGUUCCCUGCCAGGGUUGGGUCCUAGCUAUCUAUAUCCCUAUAAUGGAAAAACUGGCCUUAGAAAAUAGAUAAAGAAUGUUGUUUUUCUUGACCUAAUCAUUGUUUGGGUUACAGUCGUUCAACCAAAAACCACCUUUGUCUAUUUUUAAUAGCAUU